CCGUAUGAUCAAUCCCCCGCAUCCCGUCGCAUUCACAGAACUGUUCUGUCAGACGCCUAGAAUUAAGUCUGCAACUUGACAAGAUGGAUUCCGAGGAUGAAGAUGGUGCCCCUGAAUUCUCUCUGACUGGAUUCAUGUUUGGUAACAUCAAUAAGAGUGGACAGCUAGAAAAUGAUCUCUUAGAUGAGGAGGCUAAGUGUCACUUAUCAGGUCUGGGAACUCUGAGUGGUCUGGAAUCCUUGCUUUGGGAGUUAACUGGAGAAAAAAGGAAGGACGAUGAUGAGGAUAAACUUUACGAUGACGAUGAAUCAGGUUCUGAUCAAGAUUCUAGCAAUGAGACAGAGAAAGGAGUUGAAGCGGUGGACUACUCUGACAUCACAGAGAUGGCAGAAGAGGAACAGGUCUACAAAGAUACAAUGGCUUCUAUGUCAACACAAAACAAGGCAGAUAAGGAUGACGAUGAUGAUGAUGAUGAUUAUGAUGCUGAUGAUUCCGAUGAUGAAAGCAAGAGUAAAGAUGACUCUAUCCUGAUGCCUCCUCCUCCACCACCACCUGUAACCAGACUGAUGCAUACCCCAUCUUCAGGGUCAUCUCAAGACAUGGACAACAGCAGCGGUAAGAAAAAAGAGGCAGGGACUGGUGAAGAAAACGAAAGCAAGGAUGUGUCAGGCGAGGAGAGUUUAAAGGAAGGAGAGAAAAAGACAGGUGAAAGAGAGAUUGGUGGAGAUGAAGGGACAAAGAAAGAAGAAGGAAAGGUACUAGCACCUCUCAAGAAUAUCUAUGCUUCAGUGGAUGAGAAGUUCAAAGGCAAGACUGUGACUGAUCUCUUCCCAGAAUUCAGACCUGGUCAGGUCCUGAGAUUCUUCCGGCUAUUUGGGCUUCCUCAGCAAAACCUCCUCCCUCAGCUGUGGAGGGGUAUGAAAAAGAAAAAGAAGAAGAGACAUCCCUCUGGGGGUGAUGCGAUCCCUAAGGACUCUCCUCCACCCAGUCCACCCCGGAGGACUAUCGAUGGAUGGAAUUACCGGUAUGCUCCGUCACCUCCUCCCGAGGACUGCAUGCCAGAUGAUGCGGAGUUAAUUAUGGCUGUAAUGGAGGCAGAUAAUCGUAAUUCCAAUGCUGACAAAGAUAAGAAUAAGGAUGCUCUUCCAGAGAUAGCAGAGUGGCGGUAUGGACCGGCUCAGUACUGGUAUGACAUGCUGGAGGUACCUGAUAAUGGAGAGGGAUUCGACUAUGGAUUCAAACUCAAAUCUACAUCAGAGAACAAGACAAAAGAAGAGAGCAGGGAGAUGAAGAGAGAGUCUGAUGAAACCCAAUCAGGGCCCUCUGUAUCAGCGGAGGAGCUCCUAGCACACCUCCCUCCAAUCCCCCAAGCCACUGAUGAGUGUUUUGACAUGGUGACCCAGCUGGCCUGGGAGAAUGAUGUCAUAUGGGAUGCUGAGGAUGCUAAAGAGAAGGUCCUUAGUUCAACUGCAGCUAGCAACGCUGGAUGGGUACCCACAUUGUCCAAUAGGACUGCUCUAGCUUACUACACUCAACAAGGUCAGAAGAUCGUAGACUACCUUGGUCCUACCUAUAAUGAGAGAACAGCAGUGAAGGUGGUCGGUCCUAUACUCAGUGAUCUCACAAACAGUAAGCUGGCAAAGACAACAGCAAACAAGCAGACUCAGAACUCAGCUCAAGAGAAGUCUGAGUGCCUGUGGUACUCCAUCUUCCCAGCUGAUAACGAGGAGCUAGUCUACCAUCGCUGGGAAGAUGACAUCAUCUGGGACCAUGAGGCCAUGGACAAGAUACCUGCCCCGCCCCUCCUCCGACUGGACCCCAACGAUGAUAAUAUCAUCCUUCGGAUACCGGAGGAUAUCGACCCUGAUAAGAUGGCCGCCAGCGGGAAGGAGAAGAAGGAGCCUCGCAGGUCUAAGAUUGUGAUGGAGAAGAGCGGAAUGACGAGAACAGAUGAUCAGGACGAGGAUUUCAAUGACCAGCAGGAUAUCAAGAAUCCCUUUAACAUCUCUAAUGAUGAGAACUACUACCCUAAGCACAUGGGUGAAGGCAAACUCAGACCCAACAUGUCUUCUGAUAUACAGCACUCAACUGCUGCGGUGGAGCUCCGUCAGCCAUACUUCCCGACCCACAUGGGUCCCAUCAAGCUCCGUCGCUGGCAUCGUCCAAUCAUCAAGAAGUAUAACUUUGGUGCCAUCUCUGCUCCCGGACCACAUGGAGUCUUCCCUCUCGUUAGGAGGAUCAAGCAGAAAGCAAGGCAAAGAGAGCAAGAGAGGCAAGCCUCAGGGGGAGGUGAGAUGUUCUUCAUGAGGACGGUAGAAGAUCUCUCUGGUAUGGAUGGUCAUCUCAUCAUGACAGAAUACUGUGAAGAAUACCCACCACAGAUGAUGCAGGUCGGCAUGGCAACACGCAUCACUAACUACUACAAGAGGAAACCAAGUUCAGAUGCCAAGCCACCAUUGCAUGAAUACGGUGAGACAAUCAACGUCCAUAGCUCACCGUUUCUGGGUUCAUUGAGACCAGGUCAGUCUCUCCAAGCCUUUGAGAACAACCUCUUCAGAGCUCCACUGUACAAACACAAGGUCCCUACCACAGACUUCCUUCUCAUCAGAACAAGACACAAGUAUCAUAUCCGUGCGUUGAAUGAUAUCUUCACGGUGGGACAGCAGUACCCUCUCCUAGAAGUUCCAGGUCCCAACUCAAAGAAGUCUAAUAACCAUAUCAGGGAUUUCCUUCAGGUCUUCAUCUACCGUCUGUUCUUGAAGAGCAUCGAUCGUCCACGAAGGAUAAAGAUGGAAGACAUUAAGAAAGCUUUCCCAACUCACUCUGAAAGCAGUAUUAGGAAAAGACUCAAACUUUGUGCUGAUUUCAAGAGAACCGGUUUGGAUUCCAACUGGUGGGUGAUGAAGCCAGAUUUCCGUCUCCCUUCAGAAGAAGAGAUCCGUGCCAUGGUAUCACCUGAGCUGUGCUGUGCAUACUACAGCAUGCAGGGUGCUGAGCAGAGACUCAAGGAUGCAGGGUACGGAGAGAAGUCCUUCUUUGCUCCAGACAAUGAUGAUGACGAUGACAACGCCAAAAUUGAUGAUGAGGUGAAAACAGCUCCCUGGAAUACCACUCGUGCAUUCAUUGCUGCUAUGAAAGGCAAGUGCCUCCUGGCCGUGACGGGUGUGGCUGAUCCAACAGGGUGCGGAGAGGGCUUCUCCUACAUCAAGGUUCCUAACAAACCUAUGCAACAGAAGGGUGAAACCAAUCUCCCUAUGAGCCUGAUGCAAGAUGAGGCAGUUGAGAAGCCUACGCAACCUAAGAAGACAGUGACAGGUACGGAUGCUGAUCUGAGAAGGCUCAACCUCAAGCAGGCCAAGCAGCUCCUCAGGAACUUUGGCAUUGCUGAGGAAGACAUCAAGAAGUUAUCUCGUUGGGAGGUAAUUGAUGUUGUCAGGACCUACUCUACCCAGCAAGCUAGAACAGGUGAUAGUACUACAUCAAAGUUUGCCAGAGGAAACCGAUUUGGAAUCGCUGAGCAUCAGGAACGAUACAAGGAGGAAUGCCAACGAAUCUUUGAUCUUCAAAGCAAGGUACUAUCCAACACAGAAGUAUCAACAGAUGAGGAGAGUAGCUCAGGAGAAGGAGAGGAUAGUGAUUUUGAGGAGAUGGGAAAGAAUAUUGAAGUCAUGUUAUCGAGCAAGAAAACAAGCUCACAGUUAUCUCAUGAGCGCGAGGAGCAAGAGAGAUUGGAACUCCAGCGCAUGAUCAUGGGUGAGGAUUCUAACAGUGCCACGCCCAAGGGGGGCAAGGAUGGGGCUGGACCCUCUACCUCUAAGGGGAGCAGGACCAACACACCUGUACCAGGCAAAGAUGAUGAUACAGGAUCAGUACAUAGCUUUGCUUCUUCUCUGUCUGGACGGAGACUGAAGAUUCACAGGACCUUCAAAGGAGAGGAUGGUAAGGAGUAUGUGAGAGUAGAGACUGUCAGGAGAGCAGAAGUCAUUGAUACAUACGUCCGGAUCAGACAGACUAAGGAUGAGUCAUACAUUCGUCAGUUUGCCCUGCAUGAUGACCGUCAUCGUGAGGAGAUGAAGAAGGAGCGGAGGAGAAUCCAGGAGCAGCUCCGGAGGAUCAAGAGGAACCAGGAGAAGAUGGAGAAGGAGAAGGUCAACCCCAAACCAAAAAUCAUCAAGAAAAUCAAGAAGAAGAAGGAGAAACUAAACCUAAAGAUGAAGUGUGGGGCAUGUGGUCUGAUAGGUCAUAUGAGGACCAACAAGGAUUGUCCCAGUUACAAGAAGGAGGACUCUGAGAAACCUGCUCCCAUCAAUGUUGCCAUGACGCAGGAGCAGGAAGAGGAAGAAGAGAAACAGCUCGGUGAUGAUGAACUGGUCAAGACGGAAGGAACAAAGAUCCUCCUUGACCGAAGGGUCAUUGCCCAUGCUGAUAAGAUCCGAAGGCAGUCCUUGGUUCUAAGGUUUCCUAAGGAGAAUAUCAAACAGACCAAGAAGAGAAGAGUCAACCCAGAACCUCACUGUGAUUACCUCAAGAGACCCAAGCAAUCUAAGAACCGACGAAGAGCUGAUCCUCAGGUCAUCAUGAGUGGUAUCCUGGAGGAGAUACUCAAUGCAAUCAGAGAACUACCUUAUACCCAACCAUUUCAUACUGCUGUUGAGAAAAGGAAGUUUCCUGAUUAUUACAAGAUUGUGAGCAAGCCCAUAGCUCUCCAGACCAUCAGAGAUAACGUGCGUAAGCAUCGUUACGCAUCCAGAGACUCGUUUGAGGCAGAUAUCAAUCAGAUUGUUGAUAACAGUAUCCUGUACAAUGGAGAGAUGAGCCCUCUUACAAUGGUGGCUAAGAACAUGCUGCUAAUGGCACAGAAGAAGAUGCAAGAGAAAACUGAGCGGAUGUCCCGCUUGGAGAUGGCCAUCAAUCCACUGCUGGGUGACGAUGAUCAGCUUGCUUUCUCCUUUAUCCUGGAUAACAUUCUAACAGCUCUCAAACUUGUACCAGAGUCCUGGCCGUUCCAUAACCCGGUAAAUCCUAAGAAGGUUAGAGAUUACUACAAGAUCAUCAAGUAUCCUAUGGACCUUGAGUCCAUCAGGAAGAACAUUGUUAAGCAUUACUACCACUCAUCUGAAGAGUUCCUCAAACAUGUGGAGCGUAUCCGUGACAACUGCAUCCAGUACAAUGGUAAGGAGAGUCAGUUGACAUCGGUCUCAGAGAAGGUCCUGGAGACCUGUAAGAGUAAACUCCUGGAGAACGAGGAGCACAUCUCACAGCUAGAGAGAGACAUAGCACUGGCCCAGGAGGCUGUACUCAAGGGAGCUGAGACAGACGGCUUCGGGAGAGCUCCACGUACACCCAUGAGUGGUGGCAAUGAUGAUAGCUUGCUAGGAUAUGAGGAAGACAGUCUGGCUAGUGGUGAUAGAGACGGCAUGGGGGAGAUGGAAGGAGAUUACAUCGAUAUUGAAGGAGAAGAUAGUCGAACCAUGGAAGGUUUCCAUGAUGAAAGCAGUGUCCUGCUCAAUGACCUCCAGCUGACACCUGAUAACAGCGAGGACGAUGAUGACGACUUUGAAUCUGAGGAUGAUGAGAGCAAACAGGGUCCAUCACACAAGCUGAGUGAUGAAGAACACGAUGAGGACGAUGAGGACAAUGAGAUGGGAGCUUCGGCAUCAAUGUCGGCAUCAAUGAUGAUCGAGGGUAUGUUUGGAGACGAGACUCGUGCCGCUAUGUUCCAGGAUGACGAUGAUUCAAGGAGUUCAGUUUGGAUGGAAGAUGAAUCAAUGGAUGUUGGAGAGAGACUCUCUCUCUCGCAAUCAUUUGGACUCGGAAAGCAUCACCAGGAGGAAGAGGAGGAGGAGGACGACGAUGAAGAUGUGAGAGAACAGAGUAUAGAUGAUGGGAAAGGAGAUGGAGAUAGUGAGGAUGAUAAUGACGAUGAUGGCGAUGAUGAGGAUGAUGACAUGCUGGAUCUUGAUGAAGAAACGUGAAAGAUGUUACUACCUGGAUAGUAUGAAGUCAAGAUGAAGAAAUACUGAUCACCAAAGCUUGCCAGGAUAUAAGGCUCUUAUACCAAUCUCUGUUGGGAUGAUGCUUGAUUGGGUCUCAGGAGAAUGAGGAGAUGGAAUUCAUUUCAAAUAGAGAGGAGAAUCAAAUAUAACUUGUCUGCAAAGAAGAAAAUCAUACUCAAGAUGAGAAAAUUGAAUCAUUGCCAGAUUUAUAGUCUUACAUAUACAGCUGAGAGAGGAAGUUUGCAGAGUGGAAAUAGAAUUGUCAACAGAUUUGACUGUUCUCCAACUGAUAAAUAUUGUAGAUCUUAUCCUGAGACCUGUUGCAUAAAACUUACCAUUAAUGGUUACUCUGUCACCAAUGGUAACUACCAUGGUAACAUUGCUCAACAGCCAAUCAAAAUCAUGUAUUCCAUGGUAGUUACCAUUGAUGGCAAAGUUACCAUCAAUGAUAAGUUUUAUGCAACAGGUCCCUGGUCUGAAACAGAUUUUUCUUGAUUACAUUUAAUGGCAGGUGAAGGAUAGGUGACGAUGUCUAAAGGCUUGUUCAGAUAUGGCGCUAUAAACCAUUGCAUUAAAGCCACUGGGUUUAUUUAAUGUGUAAAUGAAUGGCAACUGUGUGCAACAUAAGACUUAUGUUCAUUCACUGUGCUCUGUGUUAUGAGAUACAGAAAUGUGAAGUGAAUUACACUUUAUGUCAUCAUAAGCUCAACACUAACAGCUAACUUAACAUUUGACCCCCAAUGUUCAAAUGCAAAGAGUGCCAUCGUGCUCAUAUACUUUAUUUUUCCUUCUCAUUAUCCAGUGACAGACUCUAUGCUUGAAUAUUAUGAUUUAAUGGAACUCCUUGUUCAUCCUUCAUGUUUAUCACACAUGCUACUACUCACCAAGUCCUGAAAGCUAAACAAUUCCGAGUAAGAAUUUCUUGUUUGCUGCCAUCUUGUGUUGGAGUAGUUCAUAUAAAGUUCUUGCUGCUUGUAAGGUAUUCUAUUACCCUUUUUACCACUGGCAACAAAUUGAGCAGAAAAUAUGAAAAUUUGUAGCAAUGUAAGGUGUGAUAACAGAUUCUUAUUCUCCAUAAAGGGCAUAUUUGUGAUAUGUUAAAGUAUUACAUUUCAUGACUUUGUAUUUCAGUAUGUAAUUGUCCUUGAUAUUCAUGUAUGAAGAUUUGACAUCUUAAUACACCUGUGUGGGGAAAAGGAGAACCAAUUAUUUAAUAAUAUUGGAUAUGAGUUCUUAUUCUUUACAUACAAAGAUCUUGCUGUGAGUAGAAGACCUGUUAAUCAAGUUAAAGCCUAGCUAGUUGUCAAGAAGCAUUUUUUGUCCAGCUUAUUACAGAUGAUUAAUUCACAAGAGAUAUUAAACCUGUAUUUUGUCUUUUUCCUUGAUUAAUCAACUUGUUUUAUGAAAUAACUUGAACAAGUGGGAUUUGUAAAGGAAACUGUCAAGAGUAUAUUGUUUGUAUGGUACUCCAUGAAAAUCUGCAGCAUAUUUUUUCUAGCCUAUAAUGAUCAUUGAUUCAGUAAUAAGAGAUGAAGAUGUUUUGCAAUUACUAUUAUUAUCAUGUAUAUGAAUCAGGACCGCUCAUUUCAAACUUUCAUUGAUUUCUUUUUCAUUGAUUCCAAGUUUCAACUCUUUUCUGGCUUAAGCUGAGUACAUUUCUCCAUGUAAACCUCAAAUAUUGACUUUUUGCUAUAUAUAUGUAAAUGAUGUAAAUAUUGUACAUGUUUAAAUAAUGAUUAAAGAUCACAACUUGAAAUACGUUCA